ACACUAUCAUGCUAUCUGUACGAAUUCGACACAGGACGUAGCCGCGUGGUUUUGAAGGGGCUUUUCCAGGUCACCGACAGAACCACGACAUAGAAUUGGCACUUCAGCUCGAACCGAUUGUGGCACUUUGGUCGUGGAGCUCCGCACAGCAAUCGAACGAACGCGAUGACUUGUCAAAUGGCCACCAGUGAUUUCAAUCGAACAAGAUGGUCACCUCGUUUGAUCGAAGAGCCACAUGUGGAGGUGACGAAAGGAUCACUGCGGUGCAGCAGUUGGAGCAAGAAGACGGUCGAUAUUGAUUGUAUUCGUGAUGCGAGACAGCCCCCCACCGGCCAGCGCCCUCGCAUAUCGCUGACUAUUCGAUGUACGAACGAUACAACCAUCAACCACAAAACCCAGCCCCGCCAAAGGCAGCAACACACAAAGUUGGGGUCGUGCAUGCUUCAGCUGUUGGGUUGCGAUGCUCCAGGCAUAUCGCAGUUUACAUUUACUUGGACUUGAAACGAAGCCCCACAAGAUUCACCAAGAUUCAUGUGGUCAGGAACAACGUCACUGGAAUCGUCGAA